ACGCGUGUGCCAUCGUGUCCCCGCAGCGGUGGCGGUGUCACCAUGCGGUCGGUGCUCUGGGAGCUGCUGCUGCUGUGGCUCUGCGCCCGCGCCCGCGGCGACUGCCGGGGGGAGUGUCUGAGCUGCGAGCGGCGCCUGGAGGGCGGCGGCUUCGAUGGCCUCAUCUGCCUUCUGGAGUGCGAAGGCCGCGCCGUGCCGCGCGCCACAUGGGAGCUCUGCGCCGCCUCCUCCCGCCCGGCGCCGCGCCCGCGCCGCAUCCCCACCCCUGUCUGGCCACCGGGCGACACCUCACCAUCCACCCACACCUCAGAAGACGACCUCCACGCCGAUGAGGACAUUUCCCGACGGCCGUCGGCGCCGCCGUCGUCGAAGGAAGUGCAGAAACGCUACGGCGGCUUCAUCGGCGUCCGCAAGUCGGCGCGGAAGUGGAACAACCAGAAGAGGUUCAGCCAGUUCCUGCGGCAGUACCUCGGCAUGGCGCCGCGCUCCAGUGAGUACGGCGGCCGCCACGGUGACGCCGAUGACAUCUGAGCGGCGUCCCCGAGCGUUCCGGCACCGCCUCCAAGUGCGGCACCGCCAAAAUUAACAUUUCAACAUUUCAACAUUUCAACAUUUCCGAAUUUCCGAAUUUCCGAAUUUCCGAAUUUCCGAAUUUCCGAAUUUCCGAAUUUCCGAAUUUCCGCCUCGGCCGACCCCAAAGUGCCGCUCCAAACGCCGAAAGCGCCAAAAUCGACAAAAAAAAUUAAAAUAACACAAAGCGAAAAAAAGCA